UUCCGUCUGCAAGCACGAAUAACUGUUGACAUGAACAGGGGAUAGUGAUUCUGUUUUAACGCUACUGUACUAUCGAAGAGCAGACGUAUGGUUGAACUUGAUUCAAAUUCACCAGAGGAACCUUAAAGUUUAAACAUGGAUGGGAAAGUAAUGAAGAAAACCCAGGACACCCUGGGCAAAAUCAUCAAGAAACCACCGUUGACAGAAAAAUUGUUAUCCAAACCACCAUUUAGAUUUCUUCAUGACGUUAUGACAUCGCUAAUAAAAACAACUGGUUUUAUGAAGGGUUUAUUCACAGAAUCUGAACUAAAUUCAGAAAAUGUCAAGGAAAAAGAAAGCAAAAUGGCAUUCCUGCAAAAGGUUAUUGAUUUCACCUCUUCAGUAACAGGCAAGUCUGUCUCAGCUAAACCAAGUAAGAUUGUGGCAGGGCAUGAGCCAGAACAGACAAAUGCACUCUUACAGAGCUUAGCAGCAGCUGUCAAUAUGAAGGGUGACUAUGAUGCCCAGGUGAGCAAAUUUCUGAACAAAGGUUCCAAAGAAGAACCAGCGAAGGAGAAAUCAAAGGACAGAGAAGAAAAGCGUAGAAAAGAACCAGAGGAGAAACGUGAUAGAGAAAAGAGCAGAGAUCGGGAAAGAGGUAGAGAGAAAGAAGAGAAAAAAGAGAAAGAUGACAGAAAAGACAAGUCACGGGAUAGAGACGAGCGACACAAGGAUCGGGAGGAUCGCCACAGAGAGAAAGAUGACCGCCACAAUAAAGACAGGGAGGAGCGACACAGGGAUAGGGACGACAGACACAAAGAUAGAGACAGGAGGAAAAAGGUCAUAGAAAUUCCUGACCCUGACACACUGGCUGAGUUUCUGUGUGCCGAUGACCAAUCAGAUGGUGAUACAGACUCAGAUAUGGACCUUCUUGCUACUUUGUCAGACAUGGACAUUCCCAAUCAACUUCAGUCAUCCAAUUUGAAAAACAAGAAUAUUGAAACCAUCCAGAAUGUGUCUGUAAAUGCUAGUCCAAAGGUUGAAGAGGUAACAAAAACACCCCGGACAAGUCGUCCUGGGGCAGCUCGACCACGAGUCAAUCGACGGCCAGAUGUUUCUUACAGUAAUGAGAUAGUACACAAAUCCCAAGAUAUGGAGCACCGAGAGAUGGCACGACAGCCCAAUAUUGAACACCUGGAGAUGGCACAGAGGACACAGGACACUGAGCACCAUGAGAUUGAAAAGAUGGAUGAUGAGAAACCGCUUGAUAAUAGAUUCAUGGACACAGAGGGGAAGAAAAGGAAGUCAGGAACUAAAAGUCGUAUGGCUAUCAGGGAGAAACAAAAGGAAGAGGCCAUGAAAGUUAUCCGCGGCAAAAACAGUAGCAGUAAAAUCAACCCCAAACCAGAAUCUGGGAAAUCACCCAAAUCUUCACCAGGAAAAAAGACAUCGUCUAAAGACUUUGUUGUGCUAGACUCUCGAUCAAAAUUCAGUAAAAGAUUGCACAAAAGUAGAGCAGCCAAGCAGCCCAUAGUUACAAAGAGCAGUCCCUCGAGGUCGAAGCGUCACAAGGACAAUGUUAGUCCAGGUAGUUCAACACCAGGCCAAGAAAAUUCCUCCCACAUCUCACACCGCCAAGAGGAUCAGGUGUACCAGGUCGACCCCUACAGUGUACAGGACAUCAAGAGAACACGCCUUCAGCACAGAGAUGAUGAUGAUGAAGGCAAGGAAAAUGAGGGCAUGGUAAAUGGAGAAAAGCAGGAGUCUGAAGUGCAGAGGCCAGUCCGUCCCUCCUCAGCAAAGGGUUCCAGGAGGCGCAGAGAUGGGCGGCAUCGUGAUUCAAGUGAUGAAGAGGAUGAGCAGCAUCAGCGGGCACCAACACAGAAGGCACCACCUCCAUCAGAACCCAUGGGGGAGGAUGAUCAAUCACCCCAGGUCUCGGCCUCGAAAAAAUUGAAUAGGCCAAGUAGCGCACGCCCAGCCCCACCAAGAAGGAAACAAGAAACAAUAGAAAAUGAGCCCGCCAUGAGAUUAGGGAGUGGGAAGCCAGCCAAUGUGAUAGUAGAUGGCGGAGAUUCAGAUGAUGAUGAAAACUUUUUGGUGGAGGAAUCUGCCCCACCUCCUCCUGAACCAGAUCAGACAAUAUCUCGACCAGAAGACAGUGAUGAGGAUGAUCAUGGAGGCCUGGUGAAGAAGAUUCUUGAGACGAAGAAGGAAUUAGAGGGUGGCAGUCAGCAGCAACAACAGACAAGGAAAACGGAAGUGGAGCGACCGACAAUGUCUGAUGGGCAGAGACGGAAACAGCGUGAAAUGGUCCAGAAGGAGAUCGAUAGGUUACGUGGUAGCAUUCAGACUUUGACACGUAGUGCUAACCCUCUCGGUAAAAUCAUGGAUUAUGUACAAGAAGAUUUAGACUCCAUGCAGAAAGAGCUAGAGAGAUGGAAAACAGAAAACAAGGAGCAUAUUUUGGCAUUAAAGAGAGAGAAAGCUAUCACAGAUAAGGCCAUUGAGCCUAUGAAGGCCCAGCUUGGAGAAGUGGAUCAGGCCAUUGCUGACCAGAUGGAUCUCAUCGCUGCUGUCAAGUCCAACAUUAUAAGGAACGACCAGAAGAUAGAGAAACUACUGCGCAGUAUAGCCAAAUCUUGAGCUUCUCAUAUGUGUGUUCAUGUUUAUUAUCUCAUCCGUCCAAAGACACUCAUUAAACCAAUGAUAAUUGCAUAUGACUGUUGAAUUUGUUUAACUCAAAGAUUCAGGGUGGAAUAGUUACAAGAGGCAUUGGUCCACACAUCGACUAGUGUACAAGUACAGUGAGCUGAUAUCUUUGAGAAGAAUAUAUUUUCGGGAGAAUUUGAAAGGACGCAUGAAAAAGCUACCUUCAUUUGAAUUGUACCAACUCAAUGGAAAUCUGUUAAAGUGUCAUUUUAUUGUCUUUUUCAAAUGUUUUUCAUUGGGAUGGCUUGGAGUUAGAGCAUGGAAUUAGAUAAGCUAGGGCGUUCAGUUCUUUUACAUAAUUUCUUUGAUGGUUUGUUUUGUUAUGUAUCACACCUCAGCAUAAGUGUGAAGUUUCACCAUGAUAGGGAAGCUUUAGUGAAUUAAAUUAAAUGAGUCUCCAUAUUACCUCCUGGUACUAGACCUACAGUGAUUUAGGGUGUGGUUUCCCAGUACCUCCUGGUACUAGACCUAGUGAUUUAGGGUGUGGUUUCCCAGCAUAAUUACCAUUACUGAAUAUCUGGUAGUCCCUGGUAACUUUUUAACAUAAUAGAAUUCUUCCCUGGUCCCUCUUCUUUAUAUUGUUAAAACUAUUGUUAAUGCUUUGCAAUUGAGUUUAAACUGACCUGAAAAUUUGGUACUUUCCCCCUAGGCAAUAUUUACCAUACCCCUAAAGGCAAUCACAUAUCUGUACUGUCACAUAGAGUAAUUUUGCAGCCUUUACCUAUCAAAGGAAAGUCCCCACACCCUGUUGUAAUCUACUGUAUCCUGAUUAAACAGAUUAACGUUGUUGUCAUUGGCCAUGGAAUAAUUCUGUCUGUCCAACUUUAAUCCAAAUACGGUCAAAAUGUGACCAUACAUAUGAAGUUGGUUGCAAAAUAGUUAGUACGUUUUUUAUAAAUGUACUCCUAAACAUUUGUGAAGUAGUUUAAUGGUUAACUAUGUUCACUCAGUUGUUUUAAAUGUAAGAAUUUUCAUUUACAUUGUUUUGAAAACUAUAACAUCAUUAGGUGUAUAAAAAUGUGCAUGGUUACCAGAAAUUGUGCUAGCCAACUGUAAUAUCACAAAAUAUCAACUACAUUUCUUCCCAGUUAAAUGUCUGCUCUCCUGACCAUAAGGUUUUUUUUCUGCUGCCAGUUAUCUCCAUCUUCUAUUUGGGUAUGUUUUUGGUAUUAAUGGGGAAAACUCAAUUUUACCAACUCUAAUUAUUUUCUAUGACUCGGUUAAGCCUGUAUAGGAUUGAUGGUUUUUUCCUGUUUUGGUUUGCUUAAUUUUUAUACACUGCAAGACAUAGUCUAUUAAUUUAGAUGCCAUUUUGUGAAAUUCUCAUAUUUUUAUGACAUAGUCAUAAUUUUUCAGACAAAUGAAUCAUGAAUACAUCAGAUAAACUAUCUUUUUCUAACACUGUAUAUGUAGAGUAGCGAAUUCCCAUUAAGGGACAGGUUUGUGUCAAAUAGAAUUGUAAGUUAUUGAUAUUUACUGUAGAAAGUGUCUGCGUUUUAUGUGUGAAGAAUGGCCUAGUGGCUAUGUCAGUGUUACAAGGAUGUGUGUAUGUGUAUGCUAGACUAGAACUGUUACACUUGUUUAUAUUUAUAAAGAUUUUUCACUGUAUGAAAUACGAAAUGAAGUGUCAGUUCCCUUGAACUGUAACGGAGCGUUUUGUAAUAUUUUAGUAUUUUAGUUUAUAAAGACCGAUCUACUGUUGUGGCUAAUUCUCCACUUUUACUUGUGAUAAUACAUGUACAUGUUUAGAAUUUAUGUUUAUUCACAACAACUCUGACAGCAUUAUCUCAGUUUAUAUAAACUCUUCAAUGUUGUCAAUAGGAUAGAUCUGCUGUAAUUGAUCAUAGUGUUCUGUUUGUAUAUUUUAUUUUGUAUUUGAUAUUUCGCUGGGAAAUCAAUCGUAAAUUAUUUAAUAGAUAAUAUUUUCAAGAAUUUCAUUUUCAUAUCAUAAUUCUGUUAUUCUUAGAUCGCUGCAGAACAAGUGUGAACGUAACAAAAAAGUGAUCUUUGAUUGGUGAUUGAAUUAUUUAUUUUGCUUCAAAUUGUUUAUUUUGGCAUGGAAUCUUUGAAAUUGUGUUGCUGUGAGAAAUUAACAACUGGGAUGACACCAUCAUCCCACCAAGUGCUUUACGAUGUAAUGUUUGUCUGUGGUACAUUCCACAAAAUGGUGUCUUCAUCUGCAAAGUAGGAUCACUCCACCAAAGUACGAUUACUUUUUGAAGAAAAAAAACACUUUCCAUUAUUUCCCGUUUACAUCCAAUUUGUAAUUGUUAGAAUUGAAAAACGACUUAAGUCAUUAGAUGUGGAAAGAUGUGUUCACAUCACUUCCUGUUUUACUAUGGUAGAU